AUGAGACGGAUGAGCUCCUUCGUGCAGGGGCUUCGCAGGAUUUCAACAUCCUCGCUCCCAUUUAAGGAUAUGUCACUAUCCCCAGAUCGCCGCCGCGUCUCGAGUUCUGACCUUGUGGGUACGACCCUGAACGGGGAUGACGCCUCGACCAACUCGAGACAAACAAGCAAUCAGCAGUCGCUUGACGCCAUUGUCACUGCUGAGGAGAUUGAUCCAGCCGCGUUGGUUUCCUCAAAGCGUGACGUUCUUCCUCGAGACCGCCCGAAUCUCGAGGGACUUCUGAACUAUCAUGUCGCCCAGGUCGAAAGAAUCAAGCGCGAGGUGGACGAGAACAACGAGACCAUUGAGCAACUGAUGUAUACGUACUAUGACAUGAGCCAUCACGCCCACCUCAUGCAUACGACGGAACACUUGCACGCUCGGAUCCAGGGCGUGCGAAACUCAAGGAACCGGCUGGCAAAGUUCGUCCUGUUCCAUCUGCAAGAGAUGGAAAGAAUUGGGGAGAUGAAGCAGGUGCUGAAUGGGCACCCGUAUGGUCUGCCUAAACGAGUCAGGGGCCUUCCAACGUACCGGGAGUGGAAUGCCAUGUUUUCGAUCUGA